AACCCAUGAAGAAGAAGCACCGACUCAGGGUCCACAAGUGGUUUAGUUCAAUCACUUCACCAACGUAAAGUCCGGCGAGAGAAAAUGGAGGAACUUGGCCGAGCUCUGUGCAUCAUCACCGGGGCCUCCAGAGGCUUUGGCCGGACAAUAGCGAAGGAAGUGUCCCGGGUGGUGAAGCCCGGGUCGGUGUUUGUCCUGGUGGCUCGGUCCGGUGACGACCUGCGGGCUCUACAGAAAGAAAUGGCUGAAUCCGACCUGGUAGUUCGGGUUGUGGUGGCAGACCUGUCGUCUAUGGAAGCAGUAGAGAAUGUCACCCGGACCGCGAAGGAAGCUUUUCAAGAGGACAUCCAACAUGUUAUUCUAUUUAAUAACGCUGGUUGUCUGGGUGAUGUGUCACGUUAUUCCUCGAGCUUCACCAGCAUGGCUGAGGUGAACGCAUACUUGUCUUUCAACGUGAGCUCUGCCCUGUGCCUCACUGCCAACGUGCUGCAGGCUUUUCCAAAGCAACCAGGUCUGCGACGCUGCGUGGUGAACAUCUCCUCACUAUGUGCUCUGAAGCCAUUCCCAUCCUGGGUGCUGUACUGUACCGGCAAGGCAGCCCGAGACAUGAUGUUCAAGGUUCUGGCAGAAGAAAACCCAGACCUGCGUGUGCUAAACUAUGCUCCAGGUCCUUUGGACACAGACAUGCAGUUGGUGAUCAGGACCCAAACGGCAGAAGUCACGAUCAGGCAGACGUUUGCAGACAUGAGUGCUCAGGGCCAGCUGCUCACGUGUGAGGCCUCCUGCGCUAAGCUCAUCAAGCUGCUACAGGAAGACAAAUACAAAUCAGGCGACCAUAUUGAUGUCUAUGACGUCUAGGUGCUGGAAGUAUAAUUAAUAUGGCACUGAGUUGACACCCAACUACAUGUGCAGUAAGUGUCCUUGUAGUGAUUGUUGAAGCUGUUUCCAAAUACAGUAGGACCAAAUGUAUCUUACAUCCAGUUAUUAAUUAUUAGUGAUAUUAAUGCAAUAUAUCAAACUUUGAGUACCGUAAAUUCGGGAUUAAAAACCGCUUCUUUUUUCCUACGCUGUCAAACAUUGGGUACCGUAAAUUCAGGUUUAUGAACUGCUCCUUUUUUUCUACGCUUUAAAUCCUAAGGUUCAUAAAACGGUGCGGCUGAUUUAUGGAUUUUUCUUCGCUGAAGGCCAUAGUGCAAAUAGUUUAAAAAAAACUAAACAAACACACUAAAUGGGUGUGUUAUUGUUUGUGCUAUGACGCCAUCUUUUGGACGAGUUUCCUCAUUGCAGGUGCUGCAGUGUCCUUUCGUUUAGUGCUUUCAAUCGGAAGUAGAAGUGCCGUACCGUAUUAGCGGUGCAUAGCGGUUCCACUCGUUUGGAAUCGUCUGUCACUAGCAACGUUUGUACGUUUUACAGUAUAACUAAAACAAUUCUUACUUACCAAACCAUCCCAAAUGUAAUGUCCGUAGGAGUUUGUAGAAGUUGCUUCAGAGCAGUUCCACUGUACACACGUCACCAAAGCCAGGCGAGCAGUUUUUAACAAAGUUUUAAAUCGCAACAAUGUAUCAAAAUGUAUUUUAGAAGUCCGUGACUUUUCAGUCUCUCCCAGUCCUUCUCUCCUCCCCUGCUCUUGGCCGCUUACUGUUAAAGACAACAGAUGAUUAGAUUGAUGCGUACCACCUGUGAAAUCUAAUCACCUGUCAGCUGUGUCUCGCCGUCAGCACGUGCCCCGCUCCCAUCCGAUGGUGCUCGUCCUCAGCACCAUAGACAGAGGCGGUGACCUUUGCUCCAAAAGGCGCGCUGGCCACACCUCCCCCCACAGAGUUUUUUCAUGCAUAUUUGUACGUGCCAUUGUAAUGUAAUGAAGCCAGCGCCGUUAGCAUAGCUAAUAUGCUAGCACGUUUAAGAGUGUUCCUGUUAGUAUUAUUUACUUACAAUUGCAUUUUUUUGUACUGUUUCAGUUUGGUAAAUUCACCAAAACGCCACAGUGGACUUAUUGAGUCUGUUUAGCUGAUUGGAGAGCUAGCUUCCGCAGCUAGUGGGUUUAUGACGACUGUUUGCGUUUGGAAGCAAUUAAGUAUGUAAACAAACAUUUACAAAAUAUUUCUGUGUAAAUAAUUCAUUUCACAACAUAUAUGUCUGUGGCUUAUAGCCCGGUGCGGCUAAUAUAUUGAAAAAUAUUUUUUCUUUUAAAAUUUAGUGUGCGCUCUAUCGUCUGCAAAAUACUGUCAAUUGGUCCAAGUUUGUUAGGUUUCAGGAGUUCAGUGGUGCCUCAGUUUUUGGUUGUCUCUCUUUUCGUAUGAUUUUGGUUUUCGCCAAAAAUGUUGCCUCUGUUUUGUGUACUGUUUGUUAUUGUAAGACCAAACUUUGUGUAACAAACUAGUCCCAUUUUGCAUUUGGUAGUUCUCACUCGUGCCAUGGAAUUGAGUGCCCAAACAAAAAUCCCACAUGUCUGUGACUCAGUCUCUGUGCUUUUUUUAUUGACUAAUCCACCAUGGGACCAAAGAAAGUUGCAAGUGACAGCCAGCACUUUGAUAAAUAAGGUGAGAAACACUAUUGAAUUCCAGAAAUAACUUUUAGUAAAGUACAAAGGUGAUGUCCGCAUGGCUCGCUCUUCCUCCCUUUACGUUCUUUGCUGUCUUGAUCAACAAUUGUUCAAUAAAGGUAAAAGUGAUGUUAAA